GAUACCAUCUCGCGCUGGCAGGUGGGCCCGGCCGGAUUUGGUGGGACGGGCCCGAAAGCCUUGGUGGGCUUUGGUUGGGGCGCUAGGGCAAGAGAUCUCGGGGCUGAAGGGGUUUGCUUGCUUGGGCUUUUGGAACAGCGGCGGCGGCGGAGAGGCGAAGAGGAGGGAGGCCAGCCAUGGUGCGGCUGACGCUGGAGCAGACGGCGAGGGAGGCGGCGCCCGCCGGCUGCCUCGCCACGUUCCUCGACCUCUCCCACCGCUCCUUCACAGACGUGUCGUGCCUGGGGAGCUUCAAGAACCUGGAGCGCCUCGACCUCGGCCACAACUGCCUCGUCACGCUCGAGGGUUUGUCCGCGUGCACCAAUCUCAAGUGGCUCUCGGUUAUUGAAAACAAGCUUGUCAGCUUGAAAGGUGCCGAGGUCCUCUCGAAGCUGCAGGUACUGAAUGCUGGCAAAAAUAAAUUGACAAGAAUCGAUGAGGUCAAAUCGAUGACAAGCCUAGGAGCCUUGAUUCUCAACGACAACAACAUUACUUCCAUCUGCAAGCUUGAUCCCCAUCAUCAGUUGAAUACUCUUGUUCUCUCUAAGAAUCCAGUUAUUACUUUUGGUGAUGCUUUGGUCAAUGCCAAGUCUAUAAAGAAGAUAUCCAUGUCUCACUGUGAAAUAGAAAGCAUUGGAUCUUCUCUUGCUGCAUGUGUGGAACUGAAGGAACUUCGGCUUGCUCACAAUAAGAUCACUACAAUUCCAUCAGACUUGGCCAAAAAUACCAAAAUCUUGAACCUUGACUUGGGAAAUAACUUAAUUGAAAGGGAGUCAGAUUUGAAGGUCCUUUCUGAACUGCGCUACUUGAGGAACCUAAAUUUGCAGGGAAACCCUAUUGCUGAGAAAGGCACCCUAGCUAAAAAGGUCAUGAAAAUUGUGCCGAACUUGCGCAUUUUCAAUGCAAAGCCCAUAGAAGCCAUUUCCCAGAAUGAGAACUCUGGGAAAGGGAGUAAGCUGAAGAAGGAUGAAGAGAUGCCUGAUCGUGAUCCCAUCGAUUCUAAUACGGAAAAGAAGGAGAAAAGGAAACGGUCAAAGCAACAAGUGCAGAGCCCUGAAGAACCUGCUGCCAAAGAUACUCCUCCAGCUGCCACCAUUGCUGCCCCAGUGAAAUCCGCAUUGUCGGAUAGUAAGAAAAAGAAGAAGGAGAAGGUAGUCACGGAGCAGGACAAGAGCAGCAGACCGAAAAGCAAGGAUGACAAGGCUUCUUUCGAUGAUACCGAAGGAAAGGCCAAGAAGGAAUCCAAGAAGAAGAAAUCUGCCAACAAAGGAGAUAAAGAUGCGGGAGGAAUCGAUGACACAGAAGUGUCGUUUGCAGAGUUGAUGUUUUCUGGAGACGGCGGUGUCCCAGAGCCCAUGCCGAAGGACAAGACCCAGGCAACUGCUGUGGAUGGAAAAUUUGUCGGAGGCCUGGUGAUUGAUCACACCAAGAAGAGGAAGAAGGCGAAGGGCACCCCUAUCGACGCGUCGGAUCUUAAGCAGUUGUGCUCUGCGCCCGAGGUGGGUGCGGGUGGACUGUCGGGCUGGGAUUAGUGGUGCCUAGUGGCUUGACAGACGAUGUGUAUGCCCAGUGAGUAGUGUUAGUAAACUCAUGUUCUAGGAUCUCUGCUGCGAUGAGAGCCCUUGUAGGCAGCAUCUGAAUUUCUUUCGACAGUUCUUUUGCACCUGAAAUAUGUAACCUGACUUUAAAAUGUUUGUUUGAAUUUUGUGAAACUUGAGACGAUGAUAAUUGGACUC